AUGAAAAGUAUUGAAAUAUAUGGAUUCAUUGGAUGGAUAGCCUCCUAUAUAGUUUUUGUAGUUUAUUUGGCAUGGGUUUUCUUACCAGAAUCAGCAUUGCAUGUAAUUCAUUCUUAUCAAUUAAUCAAAAGUCAUUAGGAAUUCAUUACUUUCCUUAGAAAUAUUGGGCUCUUGCAAUUCCUAGUUUCUUUGUAGCUACAAUUUUUACUGUAAUAACUGGUUAUGCUGCUCUUAAUUAUUGUUUCUGUAACAAUUUCAAUUCAUAUGAAAAUAUUGAAGGUAUUCAUUGAAUGUAAUUAAUCAUCACUUUAGAUAAAUAUACAAGACUACACAACUUAAAGAAAACAGAGCUCCAUGAAGGAUUACCCGAAGUCUAUGAUAUUCCAAUAAAUGUUGUGAAUAAUGUAUUAUAUUGGCAGAAGGAAAUGAUAGAAAAAUAUUUACCUAAACAUUAGGAUUGAA